UGUGUGUGUGUGUGUGUGUGUCCUGUUGGUGGUUAAAAAGCAAGUGGGGACUUCCUCUUUGAACAGUUACUUGCCUUUCCUCUCAUACCACGGAGCAACGGAGAGUUCAUUUUGUUUGAGACUGGAUAGAGCUGCAACCAAGCCAAACACGAAAGAGGGGAUGAUGGCUAAAAAGCCCCCCAAGCCAGCCCCUCGCAGGAUCUUCCAGGAGAGAUCAAAGAUUACUGCUCUACCAUUGUACUUUGAAGGAUUUUUGUUAGUCAAGCGCUCUGACGACCAGGAAUACAAACAUUACUGGACAGAGUUGAGAGGAGCCACACUUUUCUUUUAUACCGACAAAAAAAGUACAAUAUAUGUUGGCAAGCUAGACAUAGUGGACCUCAUAUGUCUUACUGACCAGAAUUCAACUGAAAAGAAUUGUGCAAAAUUCACCCUGGUUCUGCCCAAAGAGGAAGUCCAAGUGAAGGCAGAAAACACAGAAAGUGGGGAAGAAUGGAGAGGAUUCAUCCUUACAGUAACAGAGCUGUCAGUCCCCCAACAUGUCUCUCUUCUACCUGGACAAGUAAUUCGACUGCAUGAAGUCCUAGAGAGAGAGAAGAAAAGAAGACUUGAGGCACAGCGGCCACCAGGCGCGUCUGUCGACGGAAAGAAGGACCCGGGGGAAGGAUGCGCCGGAGCCUCGAGCCCCAAGCCAGCAUGUUUUUAUACAGUUUCCCGGAAAGAAGCAACUGAGAUGUUGGAGAAGAAUCCUUCUUUGGGAAAUAUGAUCCUGAGGCCGGGUACCGACAGUAGAAACUACUCCAUCACUAUCCGCCAGGAGAUAGACCUGCCCAGAAUCAAGCACUACAAAGUGAUGAGCAAUGGGAAGAGCUACACCAUCGAACUGGAAAAACCUGUAACUCUCCCAAACCUUUUCAGCGUCAUUGAUUAUUUUGUGAAGGAAACUCGAGGCAAUUUAAGGCCAUUUAUAUAUUCAACUGAUGACAAUCGUGGCCAAGAACCCAACACAGAAGAGAGAAAUGACAAGUUGAAGAAAAUUCCACAUAAGCCAUGAAAUAUGAUAACUGCCCUCAUGUAUCUUUGAGAUUUGUAUUUUUGAAAGGAAGAUUUUCACUUUUAAAGAAAAUUACCUCCAUUUCCCUUUGGUUUCUAAGUCACUCAUUUGGACACAUGAAGCAUAUCCACUGUUUCACCAGCAGGAAUCGAGUCGCUGGGAGGCCAGGCCCCGUCUGUGGAGAGCCUGGCAGCCGCGCUCCUCCGCGCUGGCCGACGACAGAAGAGAGCCACAGCCUCCUCAGUGGAGCUUCUUGUCUUGGCCUCAGCUUCUGAUGUGGAUUUCCACUGCACAAUCUCUACUCCUCGACAUCCUACCAAUUCCCCAGCAAAACAACCCUACCCAAAGCAAUCUUACUAGGUUUCUGGUGACAUGUGAUUUGACCAGUUAAUCAAAUAUGCUAUUUAAAUUAUCCAGCUGGUCAGACAUGAAAUGUACUAGUCAGUGCCCCGCCAAUGAAAAUAAACCCAGCUCAUUCCUU